CACUCACGCAACUCGCGACUCAGCCGCCGUGCGCUGCGAUCGCGCGCGAGACCUUUCUUCGGCGCUCUAGCCAUGUGUCAUGUUUUCAUCACAGAAGAGACUCUCGUUUAGUUUCCGCACAUUCUAUCUCGCAAGAUGAAUGAAUAACUCAUUGGAAGGUAGCGGCAAGUGUGGGACAGUUCCGGUGGUUUCCCAGAAGGACAGCUUUCGCCGAGUGUCUAGUUUUUCUCAUAAGCUCGUGGCCGUUGACACUGCAGCGUGCGGAUCCCGCAGUGCGCGAGUGUGUGGUUAAUUGGCGAACAUAAUAGACGAAGACGUCAGCUGAGUCGCGUAAACAUUGUCUACAUAGUUGACUGACGGGACUGUUGACGAUGGCCGCGGUAAACACACGCGCGUAAACGUUCCCGGCUGUUCCUGCAAGCAUUCCGUCAUGCGGCGUUUAAUUCUGCUGUUCCUGCUUACAGGGACGGUGCUUGGCGUCGAAGUACAUUUUGAAAAUAAGGAUAGCGGGUUUUUUCUAAAACACACGGCGAGAUGGAGCGGGUCGGGUCCACCACCCGAGCCCAUGGGCACGGCCUUGCCCGGAGCCCUGUUGUCACUCGACCGCUUCACAGUAUUACAAGGCUCUGCGCCAGCAUCGGUCAGGGCCACUUACGGACCUUUUUCCACUAAACAAACGGUGCCAGCGCGAUAUGCAGUGCCCGACCCUUUGGAACCUCCAAGGAGAAAUGCAUCAUUAAUGGAAUUACAAGAUGCCACUGCGCACAGACUGGAUGUGUCUGCUCACCUAGUUUUUCGGGAGCUUCCUCGUGAUGCUCCAGUACUACGUGUGCUGUUCCACACCGGUGGUGAGGGUGGUGCGAGACGUGCCGCAACCCGACCGCGUCGCGUGUGUAUAACGUUACACGCUAGUUAUGGAUCGCGAACACUUACUGCGACUUGUGGCCCUGAAGGCGAGGAGGGUGCUUGUCUAGCUGAAUUAACAGUACCAGCUGCGUGGUGGCCCGCGGAUGGAAAGGGCAAGCGACCGCCAAGGACAGUGCGGCUGGCGUAUAGUGCAGCUGAAGCUGGCAGCGGAGAAACAGCUGAAGGCGCCUGUGGGCGAGUGUCUGUGCAACCCGCAUGGCCUCUGGGUUCCGUCACGUUGGCCGGAGCUCGUGCAGGAUACAGAGAAGCACGAGCUGGUGAUGCAGCUCUUCUACUACCUCGAGCACCGCUAUAUCCUCACUCGCGCCUGCAUCUACCCUUCGUAGUACGCCGUGAUACGAGCCACACCAUUUCACAUGUUGUAAUCAGAAUGAAGGUGAAGUCAGGUCUUCGGUUGGUGAGUGUGACUGCAGCGAACUCCCGCUGGGCAGUCACUGCAGAAGUGAAGCCCCGAGCUGCCACCGUCACAGCCACGAGGCUGGAACAACCGCUGCGAGACGACGAGGCAUCGGACACGGAAUCUGAAGAGAGCAGUGGCGUCGGCGAGCCAGGAUGGGAGGAGAUCCUCACGUGGCUCGUAGAGGUCGGGGCCGAGGGCGAGGGAGACGGAGAGGGGUCGGAGGGGGAGUCAGGCCGCGGAACUGCCCGCAUUAGCUGGUCAGCCAAAGUGUCUUCUGCGCCCACCACCACCUCCACCACUGAAGAACCGCCACACGAACACAGAGUGAACACCAGACUGGAUAUUGAAAAAGAUGACAUCCAAGCCGUGCUGCCAAUUUCUAAGAACUGGGAGGUCCUGAACACCGCAGUACUAACAGGUCGUCAGGUGUCUCAAGCUAUGAAGGUGCUGAUCGUCUCACAAGCUGGCCAGGUUGCUGAUGUCACUCUGCAGAGCUCCUGCCAUUCCGAGGAUGAAAGCGUACUAAAGGUAUCAUCAUCAUGCAGUUCAGUGUACGUCGACGGUUCAGAAAUCCGGGGCUCUUCAAACGCGUCAGUCAUUGUCAAGUAUGGUACUUACACUGGCCUAGCUCGGUUCACCGUCUGGAUGCCCGAAUACCCUCUAGAGAUCGACGUCGAUGACAACCGGCUGUCACAAAUCAAAGGUUGGAAAGUCCCCGAUGACGCGAACACGAAGGACCGGGCAAAGCGGUCACUGUCGGCGAGGGGUUGGGGCGGCGCCAGGCCAGACAAUACCAACUCGCUGUCUGAACAGCGCUCGUGCCGACUGCGGUACCAACAGAGUAACGUUGAGGUGUACGCACGUUUCUUGGCGAAGGACCACGAUUCUGGUCGCGUGUCGUACUUCGUGUCUCGUCGUACGUGGCUGAAGGUCACGGAGCUCGUGCUGACGCGGGUGUCCGACCCUCGGAUCGCGUCGCUGCGAGGUCGGGUGCUGCAAGGACGCAGUACCGGCCGCACUGAAGUGCAAGUGCUGUCGCCUAUUACUGGACGAGUGAUCGGUCUCCGAGAAGUACGCGUGGGGAACGACAAGGUGUCAAUCUCGAGGCUACUUGUCCGCGUCAUCUCAGGACUUCAGCUGAACAUAUCGCCCGACACGGCCAUCGAGAACGGAUAUGUGUCCGAAACCACAGUCACUAGGCGACUUACAGCACAAUAUCAGGAAGGCUUAUUGGACAUUGACUUGGAGUUUUCGGACGGCAGUCACACAGCGUUGCGUGAUGUGGCAGUCUCAGACUACUAUCUGGUGGUGGAAAGCCUCGACCCUGAGGUGGUGGCCUUCGCACCAAUGUACGCGUCCCGACAUCCUCGAGUUAUUGCUGUUGGCGAAGGUAGUGGAGAACUUCUUCGAGUAACAUUGCUAACCCCCGAACAAUGCCGUACGGGUCCACUCCGUCGCGUGGCCCUCCCUGGUAAAGGCGAUACCAAGACUCCAGCUAAUAUCAAGAACAUACCUGGAGCCAUAGCUACCGCGGCUGCUAGUGUGGAUGUCGACUUCAGUGGUGGGGAUGCUCCGCAAAGACCUGAUACUCCUCAGAAUGAUGAUAUCAUGGCGAGGGGUGGUAUGAGAAGCGGGAUGGCUGAGCUUGGGGAUAUUCUUAAAGGUUACCCAUCGUUCAAAGACGAGAACAACCACGAGCCCACGAUUGCGCAAGCGCAGCAAUACAACUCUAUCUACCGCAACAACCCAGCGCCGCACUCCCAGCACCAGACUCCACAGACUUCUGUUGUCAUUGGAAUUUACGUGGUACUCGGUGCAUUCUGCUUCGCUAUUGUGGUAUUCGUAGUAUCAUGCGUUGUAUACGCAAGCCGAGUUAAGCCGACGGGUGGGGAGCGUGCAAUCUCCGGGACUCGAGGCGGUCCUACUGGCGUCGCUGAAGCGGGUCGCUUGCAGGUCGCCGGUCUAGUCGGCACAACGUUAGGACUCGCGAGAGACAAGCCUUCGAGGGAGUCCACUACUAACGCCCAUGAUUGGGUGUGGCUGGCUUUCAAUUUUCCAGGACGGGCCACAAUCGAGAGGAACGGCAACCGUCACCCUGCGAACAGGAACUCAACACAACCACAGACUGACAACGGCAACACCGAAAUGAGGAUUACCGCCAAUCCUCUGAAUUACAACUACGUGGACCCUGAGGAUGCGAUCCGGGAGAACGGGAACGUCAUGGUGACCAGCUUCGACAACCCCAACUCCAUUGAACUGCCCUCGCAGAAUGAUAAGAAGGUCAUUGACACCACGACGUAUUGCAAGAAGCCGGCCCGUCAUACUCGCCAUCAUUCCGGCGACGGACACUGGCAGACGGAUGCCAACAACACAGACGACUACCGACCUCCCGUCCCCCCGCAUAGGAACUCGUCAACCCCGCAACCCCAAAUACCAGUGCCGCCACGGAACCCCAAAAUUUUGCCCGAGACAGUCAUGCCGCCAACCAGACGAAACCAUUCCCGAAAUCAUCAGAAGAAGCAUGACCGCGAUUACGAGUCCCGACGAUCUCCAGAAAAUGGCCGCCGCUCAGACCGAAUUAUUGAUUUGAACAAACUGGACUCCCCCUACCUAUUGAACCGAGACAUGAAAGAUUACAAACGCGAUUCAAACCCGGCUCCCCUUAGAAACGACCUCGAAGAUAACCCAGUGGAAAAGCUAACUGACAAGGACGACUGCGCACGACUAUUUGAAUUCGAUAACGACGCUCCUCUAGUGAUGGAGAAUAAAGACUACAGAGAGAUUGUGGGCCUCAAUAGAGGCACUGAUGACUCGCGACGAACAUUCGCGAAGCCCGAAAGCCCCGACUACAUGCACGACUCUGGAAUUGGCCUACCCGAAGUACAAAUGAGGCACAAAAAUAGAUCAAAAGGAGAUUUCGUUGAUGCCGCCAACAAGAACAAAGGGAGCAACUCUCCGGAGGUGAAGCGCGCCACGAUAGUGGGCAACCCGAUGUACUCCCGCGGCGAGGACGGCGCGCGUGACGUCACCGCCGACUCGCUCGGCCUCGACGACCUACACAUGGACUACGAUCAGAUCAUGCAUUAUUUCCACAACCUCAAGGAAUCAAACGCCUGAGUAGAGCAGAUCAUUGCAAAGAUCCGGCAGAUAUUGUCUACGUUUAAAUAUCAGCAUAUCAUCAAAGCUCCGCCAAUCGACGUAUACAAUGCACCCACAGAUACGUGCGGCGCAGCCGGGCUAGAGGCUAGUACCAUUGACUCGCACAACAACAACGCGCUGGACGCGCACAUAUACGAGAACGUAAGCAACGGCAACGCAGUCGCUCCCACGCAACUGCUGUGCGACUCCAUCGCUCACAAAAACAAUUUCAUGAAAACCCAACUGAAAUUCUUGUUAGAGCACCUGAGCGAAGCUUACGAGUAAUGUUGUUGACAGUCAAUGUACUAUCCUCGAUACAAUAUGUGUCUCAAAGUGGAUCCUUGCAGUGAUCGAAAUCGAAAAUAUACAAAUUGUAACUGUUUUAUACAUAAUAAUAUUAUCGUUAAACGUAUUUACUCUAGUCAUCUACAAAGCUGCACAUAUUUAAAGUACCUAAUAAUGAUAAUUGUGUGCAUGUAGUUAAUACUCAUAAUAUGUCAAUGAAUAUAAUAAAUUAUAAAUAUUACUCACGCGAGGUUUGUCUGUAUAUUGAUAUUACUAUCUCCAUGGUAACGGGCUAAUUUAUUGCUGUACACUAAAGCGCCGUAUAUCCUUGCCUACGAUUCGUGAACCUUAGGAUAUAUCGCUAUUGUAAUAUUCCCCAUACCAAAAAACGUUGCAUUCGUUCUAGAUCUGUAUAUAUUUUUCCACUAGAAGGUAAAAACGCUACCUCACUUUUAUCUUAACUUAGAGCUUAGCUAAUGUACGCAAGUUAAAGUUAAAAAUGCAUUUAUUUUAUAAAUCUCUCGAUGCAAAAAUCACUUUCAUUUCCCGCCUACCGUGUAUUGGAUAUAAACACAAUAGUUAUUAUAAUUAAGACUGCAAAUUGCCAGUUUCUAGGGAAUAUAGUAUUUAAGUAUAGCAUAAGAGAUACAGAACUAGUCAAAUAUAUUAUUCUUAUAAUUAAUCUGAGCUAAUUUAUUUGCUCAAAUCUAAACUGUUCCACUCUUUCAGAAAUGGCUUUUCUGUCUCUAGAAUCUUAUAAGAUAUUUGAUGUGAACCUGUUCGAUUAAUUUAUUGCUAUGGUACAUAGUCAGCCUAAUUAAAUUUAAAUACGGAAAUUAGUUUCGUUUCGUCAGAAAGCACUGAUCUAUUAAUUUAUCAAUAUAGAUAAUAAUGAUAGCAACAAACAGUUUGAGGUAAUAAUGGAAUAUUCAGUGUACCAAUAUUUCACAAGUCAGUAAUAAAUGGUUUGAAGUUGUGAUAAAAUGACUGCUAGGGAUUGAUUUUAUAUGCAGUCUAUUUUAUAAAUAAAAAGCCAUAUCAUAUAUAAAUGUAACGCUUGUAUGAUAUUGUAAACACAUUAAUUUAUUGAAAAUGUAAAUUGGUAAGUUAGUAUAUUAGGCUUUGUAAAUAUUGUUAUGACGUUAUAUAAUUUAUAGGUACUUAUGGUGGAGAUGACAAUGCAGAAUAGAAAUUAUAUGUGGUAGAAGUUGCUUAACAUAAUAUGAACAGAGUAGAGUUGCACACAAUAUGAUGAGAUGUUUCAUGUCUGUUACAAUUGUACACUAAAUAGUAAAUGUUUGAUCUUAUAUUGUGUAUUAAUGUGACCCUAAAUGUAAUAAUAGGAGCAAUGGACAAAAACUUGUACUGUUUUCUUUAGCAACUGAUGGAAGCAAGGUGUUCUGUAGAGCACAGAGCUUGCAUCUCUAUUCGUGAUCCAUGAUACUCUCUAAAAUACUAAUAGUGUGUUGUUUGGCUUUUGUCGUUAGGUUAGGGACGAGUCAUAAGAUACUAAGUACUCUACGCUGUAGUAUUUGUUACUGUAAUACAUUUGUUUUUGUUGAGUUUUUGCCAUAAUUGUAAGAAAGGAGUUUAUGAAGUAAUUAUUGCUACAAGGUUUAAUACAUGUAUGCAAACAGGCUUGUCACGAAAAUCCUUUCAUGAAAAUGUCAAAUUUAAUAAACCAUUAUUAAUUGA